GCUGCUGAUUGGCUGCUGAAGGCUUGGUCCCAUCCCAGUGACCCCAAAGUGCUGGAGGGAGGGGGCGGGGGUGGCCCGGUGCAAAGUGCAUCCCGAAAGCCCCCUGCCCGGAGCCCCUGCUGCUGGCACUUCGGAUUUGUAUGAACCGGGGUCUCGCUGCCCUGAGACCUCCCGUGUUCCCCAGCAACCGGGAGCCUUCGGCCCGGAGCGCGGCAGCCCCUUGCUCCGAGCCCUCAGACCGGGACUGCACCCCCACCCGAGCCGGGACUUCCUCCCUGCACCCCUGCCCUGAGGCUGCCCAGCGGCUAGGACCGCCGUCCCGCGUCUGCUCGGCUGUCUGGGUGCUCGCCGGGCUGGGGCCGUGAGGCACGGAGGAGGAUCAGGAACACCCGUGUCCGGCCCUGCUGGGGUGUUUGUUCAAUGGAGAAGUUGGUGAGUGUGGAGAAGGCUGAAAGGAGGAAGAGAAGCAGCAGCUGAGGAGACAGGUUUGCGCUGGCUAGAGGAGAGGAGAGAGCAGGAAGGGGCUGCCCAGCCCCCGGAGGAGCAGCGGAGAGCCUCUGACCAGCAUCCUCUAUCAAGGGUAAGAAACUCAUUCAUGCCGCAGUCUGGACACAUUCUGAGCGCCUUCCCCAUGAUGCUGUAUGUGCACAAUGGUUAUUAGGCAAUCUGCGUAUCAAGAGAAAGAACAUUUUUCCGUGAGGCUGAUUCCUGUGACCUAAUGAACCCUUUGUAAAAAGGGGACUCAGUGAGGAUGUUACACCACCAUUGUCGGAGGAACCCUGAACUCCAGGAAGAACUGCAGAUUCAGGCUGCAGUGGCUGCCGGAGAUGUUCACACAGUACGAAAGAUGUUAGAGCAAGGCUAUUCUCCGAAUGGCCGAGAUGCUAAUGGCUGGACUUUACUUCAUUUCUCUGCAGCCAGAGGAAAAGAACGAUGUGUUCGAGUCUUUCUAGAACAUGGAGCUGAUCCCACAGUGAAGGACUUAAUCGGAGGCUUCACUGCUCUUCAUUACGCAGCCAUGCAUGGCCGGGCCCGGAUUGCACGCCUGAUGUUAGAAUCUGACUACAGGAGCGACAUUAUUAAUGCAAAAAGCAAUGAUGGCUGGACACCGCUCCAUGUGGCUGCUCACUAUGGUAGGGACUCAUUUGUGCGACUCCUCCUCGAGUUCAAGGCGGAGGUUGACCCGCUCAGUGAUAAAGGUACAACGCCACUUCAGCUCGCCAUUAUCCGCGAGAGGUCAAGCUGUGUGAAAAUCCUCCUAGACCACAACGCCAACAUCGACAUUCAGAAUGGUUUCCUGCUGCGAUAUGCUGUGAUCAAAAGCAAUCACUCUUACUGCCGAAUGUUCCUUCAGAGAGGAGCAGACACAAACCUGGGUCGCUUAGAAGAUGGACAGACUCCUUUACAUUUGUCUGCCCUUAGGGAUGAUGUGCUUUGUGCACGGAUGUUAUAUAAUUAUGGAGCGGACACGAACACAAGGAACUAUGAAGGACAGACCCCACUGGCUGUUUCAAUAAGUAUUUCUGGAAGUAGUCGACCAUGUUUGGAUUUCUUACAAGAAGUCACAAGACAGCCCAGAAACUUGCAGGACCUGUGCCGAAUUAAAAUUCGACAAUGUAUAGGCCUCCAAAACCUAAAGCUACUUGAUGAACUACCAAUUGCCAAGGUCAUGAAAGACUACUUAAAACACAAAUUUGAUGAUAUCUGAUAUACACAGAACUGUGGGCAAGGUUAGGAGUUAUAUUCCAGAUACUUAAAAGGCUGUUGGCCUUGCACAAAGUAUAUCCUAUGCAAUUUCUGAUUUGCUGUGAAGUCAGAAAGCAGGUAUACACUUUUAGGUUUUGUUUUGUUUGGUUGGUUUUCAUUGUAGGGGAGGGAUUUAUAUAUAUAUAUAUAUAUAUAUAUAAACAUACACACCACAUGCUUGAAGGUCUUAAUUGGUUCCUUGGUCCAAGUUCAAGAGGUCCAAGCUUUCUAUACAAUAUUGCAUUUACAAGAAUUGUUUUUCCAAAAUGACACAAGCAAGUUUUGAGUGGAGAAUUUACCCUUUCCAAAUUUAUGGGUUCAUUGGCGUGCACGAUUUUGUAAACCAGCAGAGCACUUGUUAAAGUUCGGAGGCACAGUUUGACCUGGGGAGGUCCUGGGUUCUACUGGAAAAUGCCCUAAGAAAUUUUUUUAAGUGAUGCUGUCACCUCAUUCAUUUUUAAUGAGUACAAAUUGGCUGUUUCAAACUGUUCUUUUCCUAAUGAAUGUAGCUUUCAGAUGACAUAAAUCCAGUUCUGCUUUCCUGUUGGUGUGCUCUUGUUUUUAACUUAUUUUUUUAAACAACUGUAGUACACUACCCAGAGACUUUGGGUCUCAACUUCUUAGUUGACUUGUGUUUUUAAAAAAAUUAAUGGGGAAGAAAAUAACUUUAUAAAGCCAGUGUAUUCUGUUUUUGAAGCAGUGCCUCCAGUGCAAUACCCUUCUGGUGUAUUUUUAUCCAUUAUUUCACUUGAUGUUCCUCAUUCCGCAGCCGGCUUUGACAUGCCCGUGAGAACAGGAACUGCCACUUUAAUUUUAAUUGCAGAACCAUAGUAUGUCAGUUGCAAUUUCCUUUUUAAGCCUUGUCUUUUACUUCACUCUAAGUAGAAAACUUCAUAUCCUGGUAGUAGAGUAUUCUCUAAAAAUAGCCCAAAAUAUUGUUAAACCAUUGGCUGUAAUGCUUAAAUAAGAAUUCAGGGUGGUUUCAUGGUGUUUUUUUGCUUUUCGUUUUCCUUCCUGGUUAAAAAAUUUCUAAAGGGUACAGUUUC